UCUUUUGACAGGUGAUUCCACAGCCCCGAGGCCUGCUGUUACUUUUCAAAAUACCCAGCCUCCCAAGCCGUCUAAGGUCUUACUCUAAUUGGCUUGUGUAAAUGUCAUUCAUUUAAUAUCCGACAAUAACAACAACGUUAUUUUCCUGAACUUUAGUUCGUGAAUAUUCAGGGGAUUGUAACGUAGAAUAGAUUAUAGCUAAGCGCAUGGAAGUAUCAAAACACUUGAGAUCAAACUACUUUUUUAUGUUAUCCUCCCCCCCAAGCAUGGUGGGUGGUAUUUAUAUUAGGUUUGAGUAGUUGAACUGUGAAGGACUUAAAAAGGUGUUUUACAGAGUGGAGGUCGUUGGUCAUUUGGCUUGUAUUAAAUCUUAAGUACAGAGUUAAAUAUGAAAAUUGCACGGUAUUUAAUGAGAAAUACUGCUUUGGCAAACAUACCCAAACAGAUCGAGAGAUUCUCCAAGUAUUCACCUUCUCCUCUGUCAAUGAAGCAGUUCCUUGAUUUUGGUUCGGCCAAUGCUUGCGAGAAGACUUCUUUUGUGUUUUUAAGGCAAGAACUUCCUGUCAGGUUGGCCAACAUCAUGAAAGAGGUUGAUUUUCUUCCUGACAAGAUGCUGUGCACCCCUUCACUACAGCUGCUGCAGAGCUGGUAUGCCCAGAGUCUUAUGGAAAUAGUGGAGUUCCAGGAGAAGAAUCCUGAUGAUGGAAAAGUUUUAUCUAAUUUUACAGAGACUCUGGUGAACAUCAGAAACAGGCACAACAGUGUGAUCCCUACCAUGGCUCAGGGGGUUAUCGAGUAUAAAGAGUCCUUUGGCGUGGACCCAGUCACAAAUCAGAAUGUCCAGUACUUCCUUGACCGUUUCUACAUGAGCCGCAUUUCUAUCCGCAUGCUCAUAAACCAGCAUACUCUUAUCUUUGAAGGAAGCACAAAUCCUGCCCAUCCUAAGCAUAUAGGAAGCAUUGACCCUAACUGUGAUGUAGUGGAAGUUGUUAAAGAUGCAUGUGAAAGCUCAAAGAUGCUGUGUGAUCAGUAUUACUUGGCAUCCCCUGAGGUGAUAAUCAGACAGGUGCAUGCAAAGGCGGUGGGUCAACCUCUCCACAUUGUGUAUGUCCCGUCCCAUCUGUACCAUAUGUUGUUUGAACUCUUCAAGAAUGCAAUGAGAGCCACUGUUGAGACUCAUGAGUCCUGCCCUUCCCUCCCUCCUAUAGAAGUGAUGGUUUCAUUGGGAGAUGAAGACCUGACAAUAAAGAUGUUAGAUAGAGGUGGAGGCGUUCCUUUGAGAAAGAUUGACCGGCUUUUCAGUUACAUGUAUUCUACAGCUCCAAGGCCUGUCAUGGACAACUCGCUUAAUGCUCCAUUGGCUGGCUUUGGCUACGGUCUACCCAUCUCUCGUCUUUAUGCCAAAUACUUUCAGGGAUAUUUGCAGCUGUAUUCCAUGGAAGGAUAUGGUACAUCUGCUGUUAUAUAUUUAAAGGCUUUGUCAACAGAAUCUGUGGAAAGACUGCCCGUUUUCAACAAAUCAGCCUGGAGGCAUUACCAGACAAGUAUAGAGGCAGAUGACUGGUGCAUGCCCAGCAAGGAGCCGAAGAAGCUGGGCAAAUACAAUGUCAAAGUAUGAGAGACAUAGAAUUUUACGCAAAGCUGGGUGUGGAGCAAAGAGUUAUUUUGGACAUUUGCCACACUUGAUACUCCUAUCUGGUCACCAAACACAAACCCAGAAGCUCAACUGCAGGUCAACAGAAAAACACAUGGAGAGAAGAACAUUAUUACCAUAGUGUUUUUUAUUAUUAUUAUUAUUUGUUUAUUUAGCAGACGCCUUUAUCCAAGGCGACUUACAGAGACUAGGGUGUGUGAACUAUGCAUCAGCUGCAGAGUCACUUACAACUACGUCUCACCCGAAAGACGGAGCACAAGGAGGUUAAGUGACUUGCUCAGGGUCACACAGUGAGUCAGUGGUUGAGCUGAGAUUUGAACCGGAGACCUCCUGGUUACAAGCCCUUUUCCUUAACCACUGGACCACACAGCCAUUUUAGAAUGUAACCGUUCAUUCUGUUUACUGAACAGUGAUUACUCAUCAUUUAGAAGAAAUAUAAAAUACAGUAUACUGUCAGCAGCAUAUUAAUCUUUGUGUGAAUGCAUGAAUGGUACGGUUUAGACUCUAGAUACUCUCCUGGGCAUAAGAUACAAAAGAAUGUUGUUGCUUAUUUUGUUUUGCCUUUCCAUAGCAAAGUGGCAAAUUGAGUUCUAUCGUUACCCAGUGCGCGUGCUCAUUGAGCUCCAACAACCCCUACUAGUCAGUCACUACUAAAAAGACUCCAGGAAGAGAUUUACCAUACUGGGCUCUUGUCUCCAGGGUUCCCUUGGUUGGUAGCGUCCGUAACUCAGGUUCAGCGGGUAAACGACUUUACUGCUGGAACAGAGGAACACCAUUUUUUAAAAAGCCGGUUACAUCUUUGAAUUUGGGUAGAAAGGUUAAAGUAAAAAAUCUGGUGACCUGCUAAGAAAUAAAUAAUAAUAAUAAUGUAUGCCAUAAUUUAUUAUUAUUUAUUUCUUAGCAGACGCCCUUAUCCAGGGCAACUUACAAUUGUUACAAGAUAUCACAUUAUACAUUAUUUCUACAUACAAUUACCCAUUUAUACAGUUGGGUUUUUACUGGCGCAAUCAAGGUAAAGUACCUUGCUCAAGGGUACAACAGCAGUGUCCCCCACUGGGGAUUGAACCCACAACCCUCCAGUCAAGAGUCCAGAGCCCUAACCACUACUCCACACUGCUGCCCUAAUGAGUGUGGUUAACUUUUUUCAUAAUUGCCACAAAACUGACAUAAGUAACUUAUUUUUCUAACACAAUUUCAGUGUUUAUUUAACUGUCAAUCAAAGUAGCAAGAUAGUAUAUAAAGCUGUUGGUUUGUUAAAAUGUUACUGUUCAUAUCGCACACACAUACUCGCUUAAAAACGAAUCAAUGAUCGUGAAUCUUAAAUAUUAAGCUCUAUUUUCAGAGUGUAUAAUAUAUAUUAAGCACUGUCAAACUAAGUUCAUUUGAUGAAAUAAGCUGUUUGUACCUCACCAAAAAGCAUUAUUUUGUGUGCCAAAUACUGUAGAAAGCUUUUAAAUGCCUUUUAAAUGACUAAGCAAAUGUAAGUAUCAAUUAUUUCAAUAAAGGUUGUUGUAUUAUUAUAAGUAGUAGUAUUUGCUGUAUUUUCAAGGCCAAUAAAAUGGUUGUUGCAUUAUCAAACACAUUUAAAGUGCUGGUACUGGUCAAUGUAUAUUUUGCUAGAUCAAUAUCUUGCCAUAACCAUAUGCUAAUGCCAAAAUUAAGUUCUGUUUAUCUGCAUAUAUUCAUAGUCAAAUUGCUAAAUGUUUCUAGCAUUGUAUAAUAUCUCUUGUUAUAGUGUGCAUAGUUUGUCUUUGAACCAUGUGGUUGCGGGUUGCGCCCAGCCCUUGCCUUUCCAUACAGUUCAAUGGGCUUAGAUGCCAAUUCAUUGAAAUUUUUUCCAGGGUUUAUUUUUGGACUUGAGUAAAUUAAAUGGUGAGGUCAUCUAGUUUAAACUCCUGCUUCAGCUGUUUGUUCUGGUCUACAGUAAUUAAGUAGGCCUCCACCAGGAGGACCCAUGUUAGCCGAAGAAUGAACCGCAAUAGUGGAACAAAGUAGAAAUGUUCUAGUUUUAAUACGCCUAUAAUAAUAUUUGGUCCUACCACUAUUUAGAUGAUAUCAUGUUGCUGAACUUGUUUUUGUAAUGGUCGCAUCUGAGCCAGUCAUUCCAGUGUAAAAUCAAUGAUGAAUAGUGCUUAUCAAUGAGAAAAUAAAAUACAUUUUCAAAGUAUUGCAGGUGGCUCAGUACUUGCAUCAAUUACAAAUGGUGGCUAUUAUUUCUUAAUUUUGAUUUUGAAAAGUGUAACUAGUGUUUACAGUAUAUGAUUUCACAUGUUCCCAUACCUCACAAUGCUAUUGUGUGUACUGUGUGUAGGUCUGUCUAUAUCUAUCUGGCAGAACGUUUUGAUCUUAAAUUAACCAAUGCCCCACCAAUGUCUCAGCGACUCAUACAGAUGUCUCUGCGCUCUCUAUCUCUCCCAAAAUAAAAUAAGCAUGUUCUUAACCAGAGUAACCUGUAGUAAAUUGCAAUUACAAUGCCGAUAAGAAUUGUGAUGUGUGGGUAAAGGCAGGGAAACACUAACAGGAAUAUAGUGAUGGUCAGAUACAUUAUUGGAAAGUGUUACUCUUGACAAACAUAUUCAGAACUUGUUGCAUCCUAUUUCAUAUUGUAUUCUAUUAGUAUUAUUGCACUUACUGUAAACUAUACUGUACUUAAAUAUUAAUCUUGCAUUGUAACCCUGUACUAUAACACCUGUACAUUGCCUUGGAUAAAGCUGUUUGCCAAAUAAAUCCAUAAUAAUGAUAAUUUAUAUAUAUAUAUAUAUAUAUACUGUAUAUAUGUGUGUGUAUAUAUAUAUAUAUAUAUAUAUAUAUGUAUAUAUAUAUAUAUAUAUAUAUAUAUAUAUAUAUACACACACACACUGCAGUUUAUUUGGGAGUGUAACCUACACUUUUCUGUGGUCUCCAAAUUGCUGAAGUGGUUCUACACUGUGAGGCCAGGCUCUUUGGGUUUACAAUGUGCUGGAAAAGCAAAGACUGAAUGUGUUGCAGGUUAUUGUGAAGCCUUGACUUUCAAAACCGGUUCUAGGAGAUGAUACAGUAAGCACAGGCAGACUGGAUUUGUGCAUGGAUACAUGUUUUGGAUCUCUUGCUAUGAUUUUAGUUGGCUGACCUUUUCUUGCUGCUUGUUUUUUUGUUUUUUUUUUAAGAACAGUGUUCCGUUUUGGCUUUGUUCCAAAUGGCAGCAAAUUCUUGGACGUGAACAACAUUAAUCGGAAAAAUUGUACCGUGUCGUGACGCACUUUUGAAUAUCCCAAUCAGUGCUUUGCAAGCCUUCUGAAACCACUAAUUUGUUAAAUAACAUUAUAUUACUCAUGACUUCAACUCCAAAUUCAGCAGUAAUGUACAUAGCAGGAAUAGCUUUAGAUGCCUUUUUUGUCGAUACAUAACAUGUUGCCAAGUUCACAACCUACACCAGUGUCUAGACACAAGCACACAAACAGUUAAUGGCACUGUCUUUGUGUCUUAUCAGCUCAUUUUCAUUUCACAUAUUAAACACAAAAUAGUCAUUGGCCGAAUGGAACACAAACUUUGCGCCAUGUUACCAUACAAAAAAAGAAAGAAUGUGUGCCUAUUGGAUCCCUUAAUAUUAAGAAGGAGUUUUGUUUUAUGUUUUUAAAAUAUUUUUGUUCUGGGGUAAAGUUCUUACUGAUGUCUGUAAUCAAAGACCAAAACUUUCCUGCUAAGUGGAAGAAAAUAAAAAGGCCAAUUCCAGAGGCCCACACAAGUAAUGACUGCCAUGUGGUAAAAAAUGUGAAACAGCUUAGCUUGCUUGUCUAAACCUACCAAUAGACAAAACAGCCAAAAAAUGUGUCUGAAUUCAGUUUAUAUCCAGUUAUACUACACCAUUCUAAAUUGGCUUUGAGAUGUCAUGAAUUUAAUUUCAGAGUCCUCUGAAAAGAUACAUCAUAAGUGUAGUUACUGAUUAUAUUCCUUGCUGGCUAAGUUGUUUUUGGCACAGUGUGUGUAACAAUAAUACUUUCUGGCUGGAAUUUUGCGUUUUUUAGUAGAUACAGCAGUCUUCUUGGUUGUGAAAAAUGAUCUAUGCUUCAGAAAGCAUAAUUGUUCUGAAUGUGUUUGUGAUUUAAAUCAUAGCCUGCUUGUUCAUACAUGAACCAGUGGGAAUUAAUACUUUCUUGGCAUCUUACAUUAGCACAGUUUGAUAACUGCUCAUUUAUUAGAGCACUUUGACCUGGCCAGGUAUGUGCCCAUGUGGCCCAUUCAUACCACCUAAAUGAUGCAAAUCAUGAAGAGGAGGAAUAGCAAUCGUGGUUUUAAUGCGUAUUGGUUGUGCUUUAUUUAGGUAGUGUGGAUAAGGUAUUAGUUCAGGCAUGAUUUUUAUUUGAUUAUUUCAAUUGUGUGCAUUUUAAUAAGUGAUAUCACCAUUAAUUUCCAUUUAGGUAAACAAAUCUUGUCUCUCAAGUUGUUGCUUUUAAACAAAGAUAUUGCUGUAUUAUAGAGUUUAAAAAUAACACUACAAUACUUCCAGUAUGUAUGACAUUUAGUGUUAUCUGUACAGUAUAUGAAACUUACAAUUCAUGAUUAACAGCAUAACUGAUCCUUAUCAUGAUGUCAAAGAUAUGACAUUGUACCACCCAUUCAAAACUUUUCCACAGACAUAAAUAUGAUUUGUAUGAUUUACUGUUAGCAUUAUUGUUGUCAUUAUCGCUUCAAGUUAGGAUUUUAACUUGCAUAUUCUUUUAAUUGUAUAAUUAGUGGAACUGACAUUACACUGGUUGUGAUGAGGUACAUUCACCCAAGUCAGGAUUACAGUGAUCCAAUCCUUCCAGAAGUCAUUUUUUUUUUAAAUGAAGGUGGAAGCAGCAGUUUGUCUCCGUUGCCAUGGCAUCUAUUUCUCAAGGCUGCCCAAACUACACACCUUGAUGUGUGCAAAAGCGUGCUUGGAGUAUAGAAAUCUUGGUGUUGCUGUAAUAUACAUGUAAAAGCAAUUGUGGUUAUGCUGUGAGGAUUAUAUUUUAAAUACAAUUGUACAUAUGCUGUAAUGCUUUACAAUACAUUCCUACUGAAGUCUUAUACUUUAAAAAACAUUAAACUGUUCUUCAUUUA